UAUCAGAAUUGCAGGAUUCUUCAAUCACCUCAUUAGCAUAUGCCAAAGCCUUGAGGUUACCACUACGAAUGAAGCAAAAUUGUGAAGAUGACUGGGAGAAUGAUUAGCUUAACUUGGCUAGCUUGUACGUGCUGGUUUCUCUCAGCCAAAUGCACCAGCUGACAAAUAAAUUGCAUUGCAAAAUAAGUCGGACAAGUACUCAGGCAUAUAAGGUAUGCACCAACAGGCUUCAGGUGAAAGGCCGGAGAGGAUCUGGUCUGUGUUGGCCGCACCGAAGUGUGGGAAAAGCUGCAUGUAAGGUGGUGGAGAAGGAUGUCAACGAUGUGGACAUUGUCCCUCCGGUGACGCUGGAAGCCGUCCAAGGGUGGAGGAGGUGCGCCUGUGUGACUCAGGUCAGCAGUGGGUGCU